CAUUUUCUCCCCCUUUAGUCUUUCGACUUCUAGAAACACAAUCGAUACCCGCUAAAAUGGACGCCGCCGACGUGGAAGCCUCCAAAAUGUACAUUUCGUACAACAAUGUGCACCAGCUCUGUCAAGAGAUUCUGGACAAAAUCAAGGCUUUCAAGCCAGACUUGAUCAUUGCCAUUGGUGGAGGCGGUUUCAUCCCCGCUAGAAUGUUGCGUUCUUUCUUGAAGGAACCCGGUCAACCUAAUGUGAGAAUCAUGGCUAUCAUUUUAUCACUCUAUGAACACGUGGAUGCCAUUGGCAACCAGGUAGAACAGAUUGGUACGGAAGUGGUCAGAACCCAGUGGAUCGACUACAACCAGUCCAAGAUCGACUUGGUAGGCAAGAACGUCUUGAUCAUCGACGAAGUAGACGACACCAGAACGACGUUGCACUAUGCAGUUUCCGAAUUAAAGAAGGACGUCGCCGAACAGGCAAAGGCUAAGGGUGCUGAUCCUAACGACACUACCUUUGGUAUCUUUGUCUUGCACGACAAGCAGAAGCCAAAGAGAGCCGAUUUACCAGAAGAUAUCAUGAACGGCCACUACUACGCUGCCAGACUGGUCCCAGACGUGUGGAUCGCCUACCCAUGGGAAUCCACUGAUAUUGUGUACCACACCAAGAGAGCUAUGGAACAAGACAAUGAUGUCUUCUUGCCCUCUACCACUGACGUCUGAGCUCGCAAAGUUGAAUCUGAAGCUAUACAUAUACACCUCAUAGUUUGCUUUGUGAAACUGUGUACAUUAGACAUAGAGCCAUUCUAAUACAUAUGACUUGC